AUGCCAACACCAUCAUCGAACCCGCCUGUUGAGGCCGCUUCUCCGCGGUCCUACAGCUUCUCAACAUGUCCCGACGACGUCCAAUAUCAGCAACGUCCUACCUGGCAGUCGCGCGACGAUGACCUAGGCAAUGUCGAUAACAUCGGGUCACAAUCUAGCUCCAACCUUUCUGUUGAUGGCGCUUUGGCGCUCACCGUCGACGCGCCGCCUGCGCCCGAAGGCCCAAGCGACGAUACCGUCAUGUACGAUGGACGCCCAUCCGAUGACCCAUCGUCGAGAUCUUCUACCAUGUCUCCCCGACCGCAAACAGCCACCACGGCCGUGACAUCUCCCAUGCUUAGUGGACCCGAAACCGAAGUAAAGGGAAGAGAGGCCGAGAUCGGUACCCAGUUGAGUCGGGAGCCUUCGAAUAGCACACAACGAGCUUCGGAAUCCGAAUCAAUUGCUCGUGAACCUUCCAGGCGGAGAGGAUCACCAAAUCAAGAGUCAGAAUGGAUUGAUUUUGAUGCGCAAGAGGAUGAACUGUGGUCCCCGUCCAUGGGUUCUGACUAUUCGUGCAUGCGGACCAUACCUUUAGCUCCAUCUUCAUACCUACGCCCGGGCAGCAAGUUUCAUGGUACACAACAGUCAGAACGGCAAGUAUACGACGUGCAGGUUGAAAUCAAGCAUGUCGACAUGCGCGAGUCUUUCCUAUGUGGCUAUCUACGUAUCCAAGGUCUUACUGAAGAUCAUCCUACACUUACCACAUAUUUUGAGGGAGAAAUCAUUGGUUCCAAAUACAGUUUCUACACGCAGCACGAAAAUUGGGGCGCGAACAGCAAGGUCGACCUAAGUCACUGGGCCAAGUUCACAGCCUUUCGGCCUUUCCAAAAGCAAGCCCGCAAGGGGCCUGUCACUAUCCGUGAUGCUGCUCAAAGAGAAACUAUCUUCAUGCGAUGGAAGGAACACUUUUUGGUUCCUGACCAUAGGGUACGCACCAUAACAGGUGCCAGCUUCGAGGGUUUCUAUUACAUAUGCUUCAACCAAGUCAAGGGUGAAGUGAGCGGCAUUUAUUUCCACUCUAAAAGCGAAAAGUUCCAGCAAUUGGAGCUGAAGCAUGUCCCUGACAAGGGGUGCUUUGCAGCAACUGAGUUCCGCUAG